AUGAUUAACAAUACAAAAGAUGAUUUAUGUCAGUUAACAAAUCUUGAUAACGAAUCAAUAAUUGAUAAUCUAGAAAAGAGGUAUAGUUCAAAAGACAUUUAUACUAAAAGUGGAUUAAUGUUAUUAUCAAUCAAUCCUUAUCAACAACUUGAUAUUUAUUCAUCUGCAUAUAAGAAUUUAUACAAACGUACUGAUAAUUUAAAUCCUCACAUCUACUCAGUAAUUGAAGAAUGUCUAACUAACAUUCCAAUGUAUGGAAAACAUUCUAUAAUUGUUAGUGGGGAUUCUGGGUCUGGUAAGACUGAAUGUACUAGGUUCUUAAUGGGUUAUUUAGGACUGGAAAUGAUAUCUGAUAUUGAUGUGAUUAUUGAAAGUUUAGGAAAUGCAGUUACUGUACACAAUAACAAUUCAAGUAGAUUUGGAAAGUUAAUUAAGAUAGAUAAAUCUGUGAGUAUAGAAACAUUUUUAUUAGAAAAAAGUAGAGUAACAUUUCAAAAUAAAAAUGAGCGAAACUUUCAUAUAUUCUAUUAUAUAUUAGAUGGUAGUAAUUUAUCUUAUUCUAAUGAUUAUAUAGAUUAUGAGUGCGAUGGAAAAUACAAAGGGAAAUAUGAUGAAUUAAGACAUGCUUUUAGUAAUGUAGGAUUAGAUUUUGAAACUAUAGAAAAUUUAUUAUUAGGAAUUCUUUUUUUAGGAAGUAUCAAAAUAGAGAAUGGUCAAAUAGCUGAUAGUAUAGAAGUUUUAAAUUUAUGUACUAUAUUUGGUAUAAGUAAAGAAACACUCAAGAGAUAUUUAUGUCAGAAAGAACUUAGAAUUAAAGAUGAGGUAAUUAUUAAAGAAUACACUCAAAAAGAAUUUAUAACUGUAAGAAAUUCAAUAGCAAGGCAAUUAUACUCACUUUUAUUUGAUUAUGUUAUUCUUCACAUAAAUAAUUAUAUGAAGAAUAAACAAGUGGCUGUUGAGAAAUUAAAUAUACUUGAUAUUUUUGGAUUUGAAGAUAUCGGUAAGAAUGGAUUAGAUCAAUUUUGUAUAAAUUGGUGUAAUGAGAAGAUUUACGAUGGGUAUGUUAAGAAUACUUUUGACUAUCAAAGAUCGUUAUUUAUGGAAGAGAACAUUAAUUUUGAACAAAUAAGCAAUACACCACCUUUAAAUAAGUCUAAAAUUGAUUUAAUAGAAAAUAGUUGUGGAAUAGCUGAUUUAAUAGCAGAAGAGUCUAAAAUUGGCAGUAGUCAUGUAAAUUUAGCAACUAAAUUAAAUUCACGUUUAAAACUUGACACUAAAUAUGAUCAGAUAUUAGACUUUACACAUUUUAAUGGAAUAGUAUCUUAUGAUUUAAUAGAUUUUGUAAUGAAGAAUACUGAGAAGGGUGAUUUAAGUAUUUUUAAUGACUAUUGGUUAGUUAAGAAUAGUCAGGUUAAUAAGACCAAAGAUGUAAUUUCCUAUUAUAGAAAUAGUCUUAAAGAAUUGUUUAAUAUUCUCAAUAAUACUCAGAUAAAGUAUAUUAAGUGUAUUAAACCUAAUAAUACUAAAGAGCCAUUUAAAUUUGAUAGAAAUGUAGUGAAUCAACAAUUAAUAGCUAAUGGAGUACUUGAGUCUGUAAGUUUAUCCAAACAUUUAUUUACAUGUUGGAUGUAUAUUGAUGAAUUUGAAAGUAGAUACAAAGAUUUAGAAAUUAAAGACUCUGUUGUUAAAGGAGUAACUAGAAUAUUUUUUAAUAAUAAAACUUUAAAACAUUUAGAAAGUGAAUUGGAAACUAAACUUUUAAAAGAAGUAGCUUUUAAAGAAUUUAAAAAUAUUCAAAUUAGAAAUUUUUGUAAAGGAAUAGUUAAAAAAUUAAAAGAAAAAGAAGAAUUAAUGAAAGAAGAAGAAUUAAGAAUUAAAAAAUUAAAAGAAGAAGAAUUAAUGAAAGAAGAAGAAUUAAGAAUUAAAAAAUUAAAAGAAGAAGAAUUAAUGAAAGAAAAAUUAAUGAAAGAAAAGGAACAAUCUAAUGAAUUUAAAAUAUUAAAAGAAGAAAAUAUGAAAUUAAUAGAAAAUUUAAACAAUUUAGAAUUUAAAGAAAAUUUUAUAGAUGACAAUAUAAAAAUAACAGAUGAUGAUAGUGAAAAUUACAUUGACAUGUUUAAUAACUCAAUGAAUUUUAAAGAUUUAUUUAAAUUUAAUGAAAAAGAUUUAAAUGGAAAAUGUAAGAAUUGUAAAAAUUUAGAAAGAAAAUAUAAGAUGCAAAUAAAUCAACUAAGUGAAAUUGAAAGAUUAGAGAACGAGAAUUAUGAAUUGAAAAGAAAACUAGAUAGACAUGAAAACAAUAAUAGUAGAAAUAUUAUUAAAGACAAUGUAAAUAGUUUUAUAUAUUUAUAUAUAGAAAGUUAUCCCAAAUACAACCCAAAGGCUUAUUUAAAAGGAUUAGAACAAAAGAGUCUAUCAGAAGAACAACUAUUAAGUUUAAUUCAUGGCGUAAUGAAUAUUAUUAAGAAAGAUAAUUUAGAAAUUCGAUAUUUCAUAAAUGAGAUUAUAAGAUUGUUACCACUAAUUAGAAAAAAUACUAAUUUAUCAAUAUUCAUAUUUAGUAAUUUAAUUGAACUUAAAGCAAUGUUUAAAGAUAGAAAAGUUGAGAAACUUAAUGAGUUAAUUGAUAAUCUGUUUAUAUUUAUAUGUUUUAGAUUUAAAGAUUCAUUAAAAAAUUUUUUACCAUUUUCAGUAAUUGAUCAUCAGUCACUUAAACAAUAUAAAGCUAAACAGCCUUUAUUUAAAAAGUUGUUUGAAGGGAAAUCAAUCUAUGAGUUAAAAAACAAACUAGUUGAUAUUGUUGAUAUGUUACUCUUUUAUCAUGUACCAAAUAACAUAAUUCAGUCAAUUAUGAAUUACUUGUUAUCUUAUAUAGACUUUGAGUCAUUUAAUUCAUUUUUAACAAGAAAAAAUUUUUUAUCAUUUAAUAGGCUCAUACAAAUUAACUUUAAUGUUUCAGAAUUGAUAAAACUAUCUUAUAAACUAGACUUAAAUGUAAAGAUGAAGUAUACAACAGAAGCAGUUAAAAUAGGAAUGGAAUUAAGUGCAGCAUUUAUUGAUAUUAAGAUAUUAGAAAAGUCGUUUCUAAAUUCAAUUCAAAUUAACUCAAUCAUAUCAUCAUUUGAUAAUCAACCAAUUCCAUUAAUGAAUUCAGAUGGCAGUGAUUGUAAAUUUUUAAAAGAACCAAAACCUAAAUUUAUUAAAAUUCAGAUAGAACAGAAAGUAAAAGAAUUUACUUUACCUGUUUUUAUUUCUAAUAAAGAAAUCAAUUUGAUAUUAGAAAGUUUAGAUUAA